CACUUCCUAGAAACGCGCGCGGGCUCAACCCUGCCUGAACUUUCCUGUAAACAGCGCGCUGACAGGCGGCAUCCCCGCUGGGUGGAUCCCGCGCUCCUGGCGCAAGUGGCACUUCUUGCUUUUAAUUAGCGCGAGGAGAGGCGAGGAAGAGCUAGCUGCUCGGCAAGUCAGUGCAGGAGGCUGACUUCUGGGAGGCUUGGGGGAGGCUGGGGGAAGAGCUGGGGGAGGUUGCCGGUCGGCUCCGGCUGUUUUCUCAAUGAAUAGCUGGCGGGGAGAUUGAAGCCAGUCCCAGCCUCCUCCUCACGCCCGCGGCUGGGUGACGGCGACAGCUCCAGCCGGGACCUGGCUCUUAAGACGCGCUCCUUGGAAUGGAAUGCCCUCUUGCUCUGCGCUUCUAAACCACCGGUCCCGAGGAGAGGAAGGCUUUGCGGAUCCAUAUCUGCCCAGGGAAUGGUACUUGGGAAUGGUGUUUUUCUGAUGACAAGCCCCUCUGUUUGUGACAAAGCCUGUCGCCUGCAGUUGGCCCUGGAGGGAAGUCCUAAGAAGAACUGAGUCGAUCCUGCCUUAAAGUGAGGCUGCUGAGGCUACGGGAGAGCCCGUACGCACCAUGGCACCGGUCGGAGGCAUCCUCACCUUGCUGCUCUGGGGUCACCUGCUGGAGCUCUGGACCCCAGGUCACACUGCGGACCCCGCCUACCCCAGGCUACGCCUGUCACAUAAAGAACUCUUGGACCUGAACAGGACAUCCAUAUUUCAAAGUCCCCUGGGAUUUCUUGAUCUCCACACAAUGCUGCUGGAUGAGUACCAAGAGCGGCUCUUCGUGGGUGGCAGGGACCUUGUCUAUUCCCUGAACUUGGAACGAAUCAGUGAUAACUACAGAGAGAUAUACUGGCCGAGCCCAGCAGGAAAAGUAGAAGAAUGCAUAAUGAAAGGAAAAGACACAAGUGAGUGUGCCAACUAUGUCCGGGUCUUGCAUCACUACAACAGGACGCACCUCCUGACCUGUGCUACUGGGGCCUUUGAUCCUCUUUGUGCCUUCAUCAGAGUCGGGUACCACUCAGAGGACCCCGUGUUUCACUUGGAGUCCCACAGAUCUGAGAGAGGAAGGGGCAGAUGUCCCUUUGACCCCAGCUCCUCCUUUGUCUCUACUCUAGUCGGCAGCGAGCUGUUUACUGGACUCUACAGCGACUACUGGGGCAGAGACUCUGCGAUCUUCCGCAGUCUGGGGAAGCUGGGCCACAUUCGCACUGAGCAUGACGACGAGCGGCUGCUGAAAGAACCAAAAUUUGUAGGUUCGUAUAUGAUCCCCGACAAUGAAGACCGAGAUGACAACAAGAUGUACUUCUUUUUUACUGAGAAGGCGCUGGAAGCAGAGAACAGUGCCCACACAAUCUAUUCCCGAGUGGGGCGGCUGUGCGUGAAUGACGUGGGAGGGCAGAGAAUACUGGUGAAUAAGUGGAGCACAUUCCUCAAAGCAAGGCUCGUUUGCUCUGUCCCAGGCGCGAAUGGAAUCGACACGUAUUUUGACGAGCUAGAGGAUGUGUUUCUCCUCCCUACCAGAGACCCGAAGAACCCCGUGAUAUUUGGGCUGUUUAACACUACCAGCAAUAUAUUCAGAGGCCAUGCUAUCUGUGUCUAUCACAUGUCAAGUAUACGGGAAGCCUUUAACGGCCCAUAUGCUCAUAAAGAAGGCCCCGAAUACCACUGGUCACUGUAUGAAGGAAAAGUUCCUUACCCAAGGCCUGGUUCUUGUGCCAGCAAGAUGAACGGAGGGAAGUAUGGAACCACCAAAGACUACCCUGACGACGCCAUUCGUUUCGCGAGGACGCAUCCACUAAUGUAUCAGCCCAUAAAACCGGCCCAUAAAAAGCCAAUCCUAGUGAAAACGGAUGGAAAAUAUAACCUGAAGCAACUGGCUGUGGACCGAGUGGAAGCCGAGGACGGCCAAUAUGAUGUUUUAUUUAUCGGGACAGAUACAGGAAUUGUGCUGAAAGUAAUCACAAUUUACAACCAAGAAACGGAGUGGAUGGAGGAGGUCAUUCUAGAGGAACUGCAGAUAUUCAAGGAUCCAGCUCCCAUCAUUUCUAUGGAAAUCUCAUCAAAGAGACAACAGCUCUACAUCGGAUCGCCCUCCGCGGUGGCGCAGGUCAGAUUCCAUCAUUGUGACUUGUACGGCAAUGCUUGUGCGGACUGCUGCCUGGCGCGAGACCCUUACUGUGCCUGGGAUGGCAUUUCGUGCUCCAGGUAUUACCCAACAGGUGCACAUGCAAAGAGGCGGUUCCGCAGGCAGGACGUUCGGCAUGGCAAUGCGGCCCAACAGUGCUUUGGACAACAGUUUGCUGGAGACGCUUUGGACCGGACAGAAGAGAGGCUGGCUUAUGGCAUCGAGAGUAACAGCACGCUGCUGGAGUGCACCCCACGCUCGCUACAAGCAAAAGUCGUCUGGUUUGUACAGAAAGGACGUGAGGCAAGAAAAGAAGAGGUGAAGACAGACGACAGAGUGGUAAAGAUGGACCUGGGUUUACUCUUCCUCAGAGUGCGCAAAUCCGACACUGGGACCUAUUUUUGCCAGACAGUAGAGCAUGGUUUUGUCCACACUGUGCGUAAAAUCACGCUGGAGGUAGUGGAAGAGCAGAAAGUGGAGGGGAUGUUUCAUAAGGACCACGAGGAGGACAGACAUCAUCACAAGAUGCCCUGCCCGCCUUUGAGCAGCGUGCCUCAGGGCACAAAACCCUGGUACAAGGAGUUCUUGCAGCUGAUCGGCUACAGCAACUUCCAGAGAGUGGAAGAAUACUGCGAAAAGGUGUGGUGUACAGAUAAGAAGAGGAAAAAGCUUAAAAUGUCUCCCUCCAAGUGGAAGUACGCCAACCCCCAAGAAAAGAGGCUCCGCUCCAAACCAGAGCACUACCGCCUGCCCAGGCACACGCUGGACUCCUGAAGGCGCCCUCUGCCGUCUGCCGAGGGACCGAGCAUGGGAAACCUUUAAAGGGAAGAGAAGAGCGACCGCAUGCAAGCCUUUCCAGGACUUCCCAGAGCUUCCUGUAGUACCGAGAGGCGGGAACGGUGUAUUAAGUUAUUCUGCAUACUCAUCUUACUGUACAAACCGCUCACAGUGCUAGGACUCAAAACGAGUGUUUUGCUUAAAAAGCUUCACUUUGUAUUUAUCAACACCGUGACCGUGGCUGUAAUUUUGAGUUUGAGCUGCUUUUCAGGGAAAUUAUUUCACCAUUGGAAUAUUUAAUAUAAUUAUAAUAUUAAAGAAAAAGUUAUAGAUUUUCAUAAUUAAGAAAAAUGUAAAACUAAAUCAGCUUUAAUCUUUCUGGGGUUUUCCUUGCCACCAUAAGGUAAAAUACACAGAAUAUCAGAUACUUUAGGAUUUUCCUGUGAACUUUUUUGUUCUGUUCUGAUUUAUUUUUUUAAGCCAUUAGUUUCAUGUAGUUGUGUUGUGAUUGCUAUAAACCAACCGUAAAAGCAACCUGUGACCCGCCGUUCUGUGGCUUAUUCUUUCUAUGAGACAUUCACUAAAUUGUAUUAAAUAUUUCUGUUUUAUAAACAUGACAUAUCCUUUAAAUUUCACUCCAGUUUGGAAAGAAGGAAGAUAAACUCUCAGAAAAACAUUUUCAAAUGUCAAAACGUGAUAGUCGAGGCUAAUCAAAAGGUUUGUGCUACCCUCUUGUGGUAGAGGAAGGCAUGGUCGCUUCUAGAGCUGUUUUGGUCAUCACCGGCAGAGAUUUGAAAGAUUUUAUGAGCAGAUACAUCUAGCUCAUUUUCAGAAAAUGCAACUAAAAAGAUAAACCAUAAUAUUUAUAUCAUGGUUUAAUAUGGAAAUAGUAUGCUUGUUGAUAAUUCAUGACUUCACAAUACAGUGAAGUUAUUAGCAGCAUUCGAGCUUUUAAAACAUAAAAGGCAAGCUUUUUGUCAACCAUUCCCUGAGACCCACAAUACUUUGGAAGUGCUUUCCUGUAAAGGAAUUAUCAUAGCAUUUUCCUCUCAUUUUCUAUAAACAAAAAAAUGCUUCUUAGAUUCGUUUGAGUACUGAGAUCUUCAGAGAAUUGUAAUCCGUCUUAUAAAUAUUACCAAAUUUGCUAUUUUCCAGAGUGUUUAUAUCUUGAAAUCAUUUCUAAUUGUGUUUUAAAGAUUUAUCAGCUAUCUUUCUAAAAUGAGCUUUAUGAGACUUUUGUCUUGAAUAAGAGUAAAGCAAGUUGCAGUGUUCAUAAAAUCAGUAAAGAAUAGCCAUUCAGACCUUACAUUGAAGUAUUUCUGUUUGCUAUCUCCAUGUGCCAGGCAAUUGAGAUGAUACAGUGGUGCCAACGUCUCACGGCUUUCUCUGUCACUCGAAGAUGAGUAUGACUCACACAAACUACUUACAAAAUACUCCACGGAGGUUCUUCAAGGCUGGAAUCUAUAAAACAUAUAAAGAGAAAGCUUACAUCCUCUGAAAAACCCACAUGUUAUUGACCCCAGAAUCCACUGGGGGUCAUUGUUGUCCAAUAAUAGUAAUUGAAAAAAAAAAACAAAACAUGCUUUUGAAUCAUUAAAAAAAAAAAAACUACAGUUUAGGAACACAAGGAGGCAACAGGGAGAGGGGAAAUUAAAACCAUAAACACAUCUCAUGGUUCCUAUAGAACAUAUAUGUCUAGAAUAUUCUAAGUAAAUAGACAAAUCCAUGUGAGACACUCUGAAAUAAUUCUUUCUCUAAGCAAAUUAAAGAUAAGGAAAAGAGUUUCUUUUAGAUCCAUGCUAAAUAAUUAAGCAAAGCAGCUAUGCAUAAGCCCAUUUUAAUCUUAAUGCACUGGUAGGCAGGUAAAGUGGAAAAUAAUGAUUCUGUGAGCUAAGAAUUCAAACACUUUUUUUUUACAAUUUAAUUAUUAAAUUUGCAUGAAGACUAUGUGAUUAAGACAUUAAUCAGAAAGUAAAAUAAAUAAAAUUGCAGAGGUUAUUCUGGGGAAAAAGUUCAAUUCAAAGAUAGUUUUAAAAUAUAUUGAUUUAAAUGAAAUUUGAUAAAAUGUUGAGGACUCGAGUCCAAAUUUAAAAACACUAAAUUAUAUAUAAAUAUAUUUAUCUGUACUAUAUUCAUGUAUUACAUAUGCUUCUACGUACCUGUUUAUGGUAGCAGCUUAAGAAAACUAGAGAGAGAGAGAGAGAGAGAGAGAGAGAGAGAGAGAGAGAGCAGAUCCCAAGGAUGCAGCAGAGGUACCACUAUCUCUGUCUCUCUCCUGACCACCCUUGCUCAUAGACUCCCAGGUAGGAUUAAGAUAAAUCACUAACCCCUCCCAAAGUUCAAACCAACAGAAUACAAUUCUGCUGAGUGUGUUUGAAAGUCUAAAGCCUGGCAUAAGCAUCACUACUAGCCUUUUGUUGGCCCAGAGGAUAGAAUUAAAAAAGACUUUGCUUUACAAAGAAUUCUAUCAAAAGAAGCAAUGACAUACCUCCCUUGAUCUCAGGCAGGGUAUCUACAGGAUUCUGCAAAAGGUGAUAAGAGCUCACCUUGAGUCUCCCAGACAUGACCUUGACAAAGAAAAUAUGUCCUUAAAACACACAGCUGACCUAGGAUUCUAACCUCCCAUCCUUGUUCCAGAGGGGCCCUUUGUAUGGCUAGUCUCCUGCUUCUCCAGAGCCCAGAGUACCGUAAAGUGAGUUGCCCGCUCCCUCAGCGUAAUGCUAGCUACUCAGCUGCAGAUCCAGACACAUCAGGAAGUCCACACUUAAAAGAGAAGUCAUGACUGCAGGAGCUGUUUCCAUGUCUAAUGUACUGCAGUGCUAUCUUUUUCCCUUUGCAUUAAAUACUGAAUAUUUCAGGUAGAAAAUUGCAAUUUUGAGAAUCAAGAAAGAAAAAUAAAAAUAAAUUCUAAUAAAUCCAGAGCAUGGGACUAAAAGUCUACGUUGGUUUUGUGAGUUUCAAUGGACAGAAAAAUAUGGGAUCUAUACUACAUAUUACACUAAGUGUCUUCCUUUCCACAGUUGGCAAAGUCAAGUACUUAGCAGUUGCCGUGGAUUGUAGGGUUUUGUACAUCUGCGUGGUACUUAUGAAUAUUUGUAAAAUUUGUACAAUAUAACAAGUCACUUUGAAUGCUAGUCUUAAGCCUGAGAAAAACAGCAGUUAUUGGCCUUAGAAAUGGUAUUUUUGACCUGUGAAGCAUGUGGGGUACUUAAUGCUAUAUAGAUACAUUACAUUUCAAGUAGACAUCACACAUCUGUGAUAAAAGGGAGUCUCGGGUUCCUUUUAAAUGUACUCCUCAUUUUUUUUCCCCAGGACAAUAAUUGUUGAUUCAAAUCAGAUAUAAAUGCUAUAUUCUCCACAAAGUCUCUUUUGCUUGUAGUAGCAUUAUGUAAUCUGGGAUUUUGUUAUUGUCUUGGGGAGACAGUUCUGCACAUCGGCUUUCAUUUUGCAUGAAAUGACUUAGUUCUGAGCUAGAACACCAUCCUGGAGUGUUUUUGUCUUGUGCGAUCUCUUGUCUCUUCGGCAGAGUCUACAAAGCAUGUGCCAUGUUGGUUCUCUCCCCUAACGCUGAGCUCUGAGACUCAUCGUCGCCAGGUGACAGGCUGCCAGGGACCAGUGACUGUGCGCUGCCUUGACUGUCACAUAGAUCCACCACCCUACACUUCACAAAGUCUGUACUAUUAAGUGGAAUUUCUAUUUGGUUCA